GGUGAUAUUCUCUGCAUCCAGCAGCAAUGCGGAUGAUGUGAAAUCAGCAAUACAGGAAGAAACUGGCUACAACAUCACCUCUGAGUGUGUUAGCGGUCAUCUGAAUGUUUACGAAUGGAAAAAGCUGAUUCCCGUGCUAUAUGUUGUACUGCCAAUCGUUCCUUUUUAUUGUAUUAUAAUUAUUCUCAGAAAGCUUACCAUGUCCAAGUUGAGCGCUUCAAGGACUUUAUCGGAGCACAGCCGUCUUCUCCACUCGCAGUUGCUAAAGGCGCUCACUGUCCAAGCCAUCAUGCCUUCGUUCUUCGUUAUUGGCUGUAUACUUUAUGUAAUUGGUCAACUGGAUAUUGUUCACCAUCCGUACCUCGAAUACUACACUUCUAUCGCACUUGAAUUCCUAGCGAUGUUUAACCCCCUUACAUCACUAUACUUCAUCCGACCAUAUCGCACCUGGAUCAGUAGAAAUUUAUCGAAGGCAUAUGCUUGCAAAAAGUAG